GCUGUCCGAUUGCCAGCAACGCGUCGCGUCGCGUCGCGACGUCGUCGCCAGUUGUUUCAGUCGUUCCAGUGACGGGUUCAGGUGCGGCAGUUGCGCGCGCCAAUCGACCAGCGCUCGUUUAUCGGUCAAAGGCGCCUACGUGCCACUGUGGCAACAAGCUCUCCGCGAUCUAUUCUAUUCGCGGCAUUUCAACAACAAUUGCCGCAGGCAUUUAUUAUUUAAUUAAUUUCGCCGCAUUAGUCACAGAUUUGACGCACAACACACAAAAUUAGACUUAAUUCACUUAUGCGUAAGCAAAAAGUUUUUAAAAGCAACAAAUUCAAAGUGUAUGUGUGUAUCGAUAAGCGCGCAUGUGUUUGCGUGUGUGUGUGUGUGUGAGUGAGAGUGUUUGCUUCUGUUAUACAAACACUAACCGUUAUAAUAUAUAGCGCAAUUACCCGUCCCCCGCAUCAUGAAGCUUUUGCUAAAAGUACAUGGCGAGCGCACAGCGCGCAAUCGUCGCACGCCCGAGCGCACCUUCACAGCGUCGCCAGCGCCAAGAAUCAACAGUGGUAGCAGCAGCAGCAGCAGCACAAGCAGCGAUACGGGCAUCGGGGGCAAGCGCAGCCGCGGCAGCUCCAGGUCGAGGCGUCUAACCCGGAACACGCUGCUGCUGAGCGUGCUCGUCCUUUUGGUCCUUAUCACCGCCAUUGUCAUUGUCUAUGUGGAGCUGAGCCGCACGCGUGGCGAGCUGCCGCAUAAGUCCAUUUACUUUGGCAACACCUAUGAGGAUGGCACGUUUCCAAAUCUAGGAAAUGGUCAUCUGGUCAUCGAGCGUGUACAGUGGGGCGCCUCGGAUCGCAGCAGGCAGCUGACGAUACCGCUGCAGCGGCCCAUACCCUAUGUGCUAAUCACGCACAUUGGCGUGCAGUCGAUACCCUGCGUCAAUCUCUACAAAUGCUCCAUCAAAAUGCGCACCAUACAGGAUUCGGCGAUUGCGGAGAAGAACCUACCGGAUAUACAGUCCAAUUUUUACGUUUCCGAUGAGGGCAACAUUUAUGUGGGUCGCGGCUGGGACUGGGCCAACACGUAUGCGAAUCAGACACUGGCCAUCACUUUUAUGGGCGACUAUGGCCGCUAUCAGCCCACCGCCAAGCAGCUGGAGGGCGUGCAAUUCCUUUUGGCCCAUGCAGUGGCCAAUCACAAAUUGGAUUUGGACUACAAGCUGGUCGCACAGAAUCAGACCAAAAGCAGCAAGAGUCCCGGCAUCAAUGUAUACCGUGAGAUUAGCAAAUGGCCGCACUUUUAUGGCUGCAGCAUGGAGCAGGCGCCCAAGUGUGGCAGCGAGCUGGGCAUGACGGCUGCCUCCUGGAACGGUGGGCAAUAACUACAGACUUUAAGAGAACUCUUAGCUUUAAAACCAAUACACACAACACACACUCGCACACUCGCACACACACACAUUACUGCAUCUUUAUACAAGUAAACCAAAUAAAAAAAA